GUGUGCUGUGUUUACUUUCAGCGUGUAAUAAUCCUUUUGUGUUUCAAUCAUUUAUAAUCAAUCCUGAAUGUCUAAUCUUUCGUAAUGGAUUCAGACGAAGAUUUAAUUGUCGAAACUGAUUCCGGAAACGAGUCAAGUGGUCCAGAUGAGGAUUGUUGUCUAGAUUCUGAAUCUUCCCCCGCUAGAGAUAGAAGAAAAUUCGAAGAUUUGUUUCCACAUGAAGUUCUCACCACCGAACAAACUGUUCAGCACAUGGUUGAUUGCAUAAAAGAAGUUAAUAAUAUUGUUGAGAUUCCACCAACUAUUACGAGAAUAUUGCUUAACUACUUCAAGUGGGAUAAAGAAAAGCUGUAUGAAAGGUAUUUUGAUAGUGAUGUUGAGAGACUGUUUCAAGAUGCCCAUGUGAUCAAUCCUCUGAAGCCUAUUACUAGUGUUCUCAAGAAGUCUCUUGGAAAUAGAAGUUAUGAGCUCUGUGAAAUAUGUCUUCGAGAAACACCAUUAAAUAUGAUGACAGGUUUAGCAUGUGGGCAUCGAUUUUGUGCUGAAUGUUGGACUGUCUAUCUUACAACUAAAAUUAUGGAACAAGGAGAUGCACAAACAAUUCCUUGCUCUGCAGUUGACUGUGAUAUUUUGGUCGAUGAUCAGACUGUUAUGAAUUUAAUAGUGGAUCCAAAAGUAAGACUUAAGUAUCAACAUCUCAUCACAAAUAGUUUCAUUAGUUGUAAUCCAUUGCUACAGCACUGCCCUUCUCCUGACUGCAAUAAUGUUAUCAAAGUUCAACAUGUUGAUGCUAGACCUGUCACUUGCUCUUGUGGCCAUGUUUUCUGUUUUAAAUGCACUAAAAACUGGCAUGAUCCCGUUAAUUGCAACUUACUUAGAAAAUGGCAAAAGAAGUGUGAUGAUGACAGUGAAACUUCCAACUGGAUUGCUGCAAAUACAAAAGAGUGCCCAAGUUGCAAUAUCACUAUUGAAAAAGAUGGUGGUUGCAAUCAUAUGAUAUGCAAGAAUCAAAAUUGUAAGUUUGAUUUCUGUUGGGUUUGUUUAGGCCCAUGGAAUCCUCAUGGCUCUUCAUGGUAUAACUGCAAUCGCUAUGAUGAAGACGUCGCUAAAGCAGCUAGACAUGCCCAAGAGAAGUCUCGUUCAGCUCUUCAGCGAUAUCUUUUCUAUUGCAAUCGCUACAUGAAUCAUAUGCAGAGCUUAAAGUUUGAAAAUAAGUUGUAUGCAUCUGUAAAAGAAAAGAUGGAAGAAAUGCAGCAGCAUAAUAUGUCAUGGAUUGAAGUUCAGUUCCUGAAAAAAGCUGUUGAUGUACUGUGUCAAUGUCGCCAGACUUUAAUGUACACUUAUGUCUUUGCUUAUUAUCUGAAGAAAAAUAACCAGUCUGCAAUAUUUGAAGAUAAUCAAAGUGAUUUAGAAACUGCAACCGAACAAUUAUCUGAAUAUUUAGAGCGUGAUAUUACUCAAGAAAAUCUAUUAGCCAUUAAACAAAAGGUUCAAGAUAAAUACAGGUACUGUGACAACAGGAGGCGUGUCCUCUUGGACCAUGUUCAUGAGGGUUACGAUCAAGACUGUUGGGAGUACAAUGAAUGACAGAAGAAGAUAGAACCCUUUUUCUUAUGCCCCAUGACACAGCCCCAUGAACUGGAUGUUACUCCUACUUCCCGCUGAAAUCAUUUCGGAAGAAGUGAUCGCAUCGAGUUUUAUAUUUGUAUCCUAAGGAUGCAUAAUUGAACUUUAAAAACUUUUCUUAUUUCAUGUUCUAUAGCGCGUAGAAAGUGUAAUUUAUCAAGUGGACUUUUAUCGGGAGCUCAGAAAUUGUAGUCUUUGAAAUAUUUGAUCAUCUGCUUUUGUAUAGUCUUAACAGCUUUGUGUUAUGUUAUUAUCUUUUGAAGGUUUUCUUUCUUUUUUUGCAUUUAUCACUAUUGUCUUAAUGAUCCAUUAUGCAUAUUUUCAAGUGUUUUAUUUUUUAAACUUUUUUUUUCUUUUUUUUGUCAAUGAUCAGUAGAAGUCUGCUGGUCUUGCUUUGGUAUGAGUGCCAAUUAAAAUCAUGUUCAUAAACACAUAUAUAUGUUGUGGUUUUUAACUUAUUUGCAUAUAUUUACACCUAACCUCAUUUUGCUUAAUGAAAUGAAACUCACAUUUUUCACCCAGCCAUUUAAUAAAAUUCAUUCACAUGUUUUUUUUUCUUUCGGCUCCUUUUUUUUUUUUAACUCCAAAUUAUUUUUUAAAAAACCCGUGCUGUUUGUGCUAAGUUAUAUACAAUUUUGUUUUGAUAUUCUAAUUUAUGACGUGUUUCUAUUUCAAUUUAGAUUAUCUGGAAUUUUUAUAUUUAGAAUGAGAAAUUUUUAUGAUAGUUUGUAUUUAAAUUUGUAUUAAUAUGUAUGUGUAACUUUAGCUGUAACAUGAUUUAAUUUUAAAAUCAUUUAUGCAAAAUAAUUGAUUAUUAUUAUUUAAAGUUUGUGCUACAAAAACUCUGCUUAACUUCUAGUUUUCUUCCAUUUAAGACAUUUGUUUCAACUUGUCUUCAUUUCAGUCUGUUAUCAGAUAAAAAACAUCGAAAUCUGAUGAAUAUUCAAUAAAUAGAUAUUGUGAUGGCAAGCACUUCAUUACAAAUUGUAUAGCCUGCAUUUAAAGCUUAAAAAAGUAAUGUAAAGAGAGAUGUGAUUUGCCAGAAAACAUGUUUGUAAUUAAAACAAAUAAAGCCUAA